CCUUCUGUCGGUGUGAAGGGGUUAACUCUCGGCCCGGCCUCCAGGAAGGAGUCAGCGUGGGUUGGCGGACCUGUCUUCCGUCCUAAGUCAGUCAUUUAGGGCUGUGGACGGAAGGAUCCUUCGGGAUCACACUGACCCCUCUGUCUAUCAAUCAUGGCAACUGGAGGCAGAGAAGAUACAACAGAUAACGCAGCUGUACUAGAAGCAGAAGAAGAGGAGGUGAGUCAACAAACAGAAGGAAUAUUCCUGAGUUAUGCCUUUCAUAUCUCUCAGCUUAGGACAGAAGAUGAAGAUUCCAGACCUCUUGAAAUUGAAGAUGCCAGACAAAUAAACAGCCAUAUAGACAAAGUGGGACAACAGCUGGCAUUGAUUGGAGAUGACUUGAAUAAGCGUUAUGAGGAAUUAUUUGAUGGCUUUCUGAACAACCUGAAUCCUAACUUGGAUAAUGCUUAUGACUACUUCAAAAAGAUUGCUUCCAGUGUUUUUGAAACUGGGGUAAACUGGGGACGUGUUCUAGCACUCCUUGGCUUUGGAUAUCGAUUAGCUGUCUAUGUUUGGAAAAAUGGACGGCAUCAAUUUCUUAGAACAAUUGCUCAGUGGCUUGCUAGAUACCUGGUGGAGAGUAGAAUUGUUCGGUGGAUUGUAGGACAAGGCGGAUGGGCUGCUGUACUUAAACUGACAAAUAACAGUGUCAAAUACGUUCUGAUGGCGUUGGGUGUUGUCCUUAUCCUUCAGUUUGUGAUAAAACGUUUGAGCUCAGGAUCCUGAGAAUGGAGUAUAUAUCCAUCGCUGAAGAGUGAUCUGUGAAUGAGUUUUACAGCCAAGGUCCUUAA